AAGUUUUCUCUAUGUGCCCGCGAACGUUUUGGCAAGGUCGGAAAAACUGACGAAAGGACACAAGGCGUGCUGUGCGAGUGCGUGGUGUGGCAACUCGGGGAGCCAGCACGAGGGCGAAAUUUUUCAGUUUUCCAGCGGACGAGAGCCUUAAUUGGCAGGCUGGAACGCACCAGCUCAGCUGGAUCUCUCUGCAAGUCCUGUAUUCAGAGUUCAAACCUGAUGCUAUUUGGACCUACAAAGUCAUCAGUUGUUAUUCCACGAUCGUUGCUUCUCCUCCCAUGCUGCACUAAGACCCUGCAUCACUCCGUUCUCCAAGGACGACUGACCCGCCCCGCCUACGGCAUCUCAUACUCGCAAGAAAGGAAGGAAGGGUGCAACGCCGUUGGGAGGAGACAGCUUGUCUUUCGAAGAAGUACUCCACUGACAAAACGAAAGAAGAUAAUGAAGACACUUUGGAUUUACAAACAAAGAAUCUGCAAUUGGUGCCAAAUACAACGAGCGCACAUUCGCCAUCGGUCAAGGAUCCCCGACCGUCACUUAGCCACCCCACCAGCCGAUAGACCUCAAGUGACCUUUUCAAGAGUGAUUAGCGCUGAUCAAGUGUGCAUACCAUCAUCUUACACACCGGCGGCGAAGCCUUCAUCUCCCCUGUGGUGCCUGGGAGUGACGUUCACGAACGCCUACUCCUAUCGUAUAGGAAUGGCCGAGAGCCCGGUUUGUGACUCCUGUGAAUGGAGAAGAAACCAUCGAGCCCCUAUUGUGUACGUGCCCUUGCUAUGACGUACAACGCCUCUCUCUGCGAACAACUUUAAGCCGACUGGACUCAAGAACGUUUUCCGAGUCAAAGAUACUCGUACCGUGGCCACAUCCAUCACUGGCACGAAAAGCGAUUCGUGCACUAGCAUACUACUUCAAGUGCACCGGCUAGAGAUACCGCUUAUUUAUAGGGUCCCUGUGCAUCCUCCCACACACACUGUGUUUACUCUCUACCUUUUUUCCUGUUUGUAUUCCCUUUCCGCAACGCCCAGUGUAGGGUAGCCAACCGGGUGCUUGUCUGGUUGACCUCCCUGCCUUUCCUGUCCCUGCUCUCUCUCUCACUAUCUCUCGCCACCGCUGCAAAUAUCACAAGGCUAGAGCUUCAAGGCUGCGCAGUGUACACCAUACACGAUUACUCCAGCGCCCCGUUACGUACGAGACCCAAUAACUAGUGCGAUCUCUCAACAGGAGGUGAAAAGAACUACCCUCUCUCGAAAGACUUCGCCCGACUGCUCGAACUUCUUUUCUAUCUUCGAUUUUGAAAGCUUUGUCACCCUAGGAGCGCAACCGGUGGCACUGCUGCGUCGCACGUGGAUUUGUGCGAUUACCUCAGGCAUUCCGGUGUUUAUCUUGCGCUCCCGAACUCGGAGCAGGGAGGACGAUGAUGUUUGAAUUUGUUAAGAUUUUGAUGCGUCGAUGGCUCCGAUGCGCAAACGGCCACUUCGGUUAAGAGUGAGCUUUAGCGUGACUCCAAACGCAGAUGCACAGAAGUGUAAACAAG